UUUCCGUCUCACCAUACACUGCACUCCUCACACUAAAUCUCUGAGUUGCUCCAGUAAAUCACCCUCUAAAUUAAUCCCAACCCGAAAAGUGUGGUUUGUUCGGUUCCUUUAAGCUCUCAUCAUCACCCCUGAGCUCGCUGUGAUCAUGAAGGUCGUCAUGACCAUUUGUUCCUGUAAGCUUGAUGAUUUGAUCCCACCAAUUCAUAGUUUUUAAUUUCAAAUCCUGUGUGUGUAAAAGGAUCUUCGUAUAUUAUAAAGUUUAGACUGAAAUGGAGGCAUUGAAAUCAUGUUAUGGUGAUGGAUCUUCUGAUUCAGAUUCGGAAUCUGCACCUUCAGCUCCAACCUCUGCUCCCCCAGCAGUAUUCACACCAUUGCCGCCACCUCCUAUCUCUCUCCUUGACCCGACAACAUUUCUUGAUCUGCAGACAGGUCAGACAACAAGAGUUAGGAGCUUCCCUCACGUUGAUGGUAACUAUGCCUUACAUGUUUACAUACCAAUUAACAUUUCAUCUCCGUCGAAGAAAGAACUAUCUGCUUUCUUGAAAAAAGUGUCAUCUCGGGUGCCAAAUCUUAAUGUUGUUGAUGUUGAUGUCCCAUUAAACAUCCUGUGCCAACAUGAUGAGAAGCUCGAACAAGUUGCCUUAGGAAGAGAAUUUCACAUAAGUUUGGGAAGAACUGUUCCAAUACGAGUGCACCAGAUUGACUCAGUGAUCUCAAUGCUCAAACAGAAGCUUCACAUCCAACGCCAGUAUUGGAUAGACUUUCACAAGUGGGAGGUCUUUAUUAAUGAUGAUCACACACGCACCUUUCUCUCGGUAGAAGUUGUUCAAAGAGGGUUAAUAGAGAUUACAAAGCAAAUUGAAACAGUCAAUACAAUUUACAGACUUCAUAAUCUUCCUGAGUUUUACAAGGAUCCACGUCCGCACAUAUCCUUGGCAUGGUCACCGGGUGACAUUGCCCAUUCACUGAAGAAAGUUGUUGACGAGGAAAUGAAGUACAAUGCGGGAAAAUCUUUCAAGAGUAUUUUUAGCUGUAAAUUCAAAGGUAUUGAAUGUAAGAUUGGCAAGAAAGCAUAUGUAAUAUGCAAAAUUCCCGAUGGACAAUAAUAAUUCGUGCUUUCUAAAGAAAAUGUUUCCUAAAAUGUUGGGUUUUCUUUAUUUGGUGGCAAUCUGAUCAUGAAUAGAUUACCAGGGAGAUGUGAAUGUGUAACAUAACAUCGUUAUUUAUUCCUUGUGAGUUGUAGACUACACCAAAUGCUUGUAGGAGUUCAUCAAAGCUUUGUAGAGAUUACUUCAUGAAAUAUUAUCAUUAUUGACAUAUUCAGAGA